AUGGCUGGGCAAGGGGAGACUCGGCUGCGGGGGGAGCGGAAGCCCCCAGGAGUGACCCUCACCGACAGCCUCAUCAGCACCAGGAUGGUGGAGCCCCCCCAUGCCGAGAGCCGCCAGAAGGGGGGGUUCUCUGUGCCCCAGGGACACCCCGAGCACCCCCUCUCUUCCAGGCCCCCCUGCACCAUCCGCUUGGACCGGGAGAACAUCAGCGCCAUCGGGAGGCUGCGGAGCCUGCAGGACAUCCACAGCCUCUACCUGCAGUGGAACCAAAUUGAGAAGAUCGAGAACCUGAGCAGCUUCCCCAGCCUGCGGUUCCUGUCCCUCGCUGGAAACCGCAUCUGCAAAGUGGAGAACCUGCAGCCCCUGCAGCACCUGCACGGCCUGGACCUGGCCCACAACCUCAUCCGGACACUGGACCCAGCUGAGCUGCCCCGCAGCCUCCGUCUGCUCGACCUAACAGGAAACGAAUGCACCCACCAGCAGGGAUACAGGGAGCUGGUGGUGGGUGCUCUGCCCCACCUCCUGCAGCUGGAUGCUCAGCCCAUCCAUGGUGGUGUGGAUGAGCAGGAGGAGGAAGGAGGCUCCUGCAGCAGUGAGGAUGAAGAUGAUGAGUUGCUCUCUGCGCCAAGCAGCCCUUUCACUGCAGGCAAAGAUUUCUUUGUGGAUCUGCACCAGGAGCUGGCCAGGCGCUCUGAGAGGAGGAGGAGGGAGGCCCUGGAGGAGCAUCAGACCCGUCUGCAGGAGCUGGAGGAGCUGCGGGAGCGCCGGGAUCUGCUGCUGCUGCCCACGCUGCUGAACCCACCCAGCAUCAUGGCCCCGGCCCCCCGGCAGCAUCAGCCCCAUCCCCAGUUGAAGCAGGGGACACCACUGCCGCCCCAGCGAGCUCCCAGCAGGAGCCAGCCCCAGAACAAGGCUCUGGAGGAGGACAUUUGUGCCAAGGGAGCAAGAAACAAAGAGUUGCCCCCAAUACCCCUCAGUAGCAUAGCGCUGUGCAGUUGGGAUUAAAGCUUCUUUAUUCCUACAC